AAAGACCUAGAGUUGUCCCUCAGGUUCUUUUUUUUUCAGUGAAUGAAAAAUCUGUUUCUAAUUUGAUGUGUUUUAUUCGUUUUCCUGCUGUUUUCGAGCAACUUUUUUAAAAAUUACGAAGUUUUGAAAUUCUGUUCAGAUUAGGUAAUUUUGUAACCGAGAUAUUUUGUGGCGAGGACGGAGGUUCAGAUGGAAGUUCAACUACACCAAGAACUGGAAAUGGCCGAAGUCACGUCAGAAGUGUACGAUAUUAUCCAUCCGACUCCAGUUUCGCUGAAACAACUAUCAGCAAUCGCCGUUAGCCUACAAAUAUGGCGCUGUAAAGUGAAUGAAUAUCGCAUAGGUGGAAGAAUGAAAGAAUUUGACCCAUGCAGCCUACGAAAAGAAAAUACCUGGAUGAAAACUAUGCUUCCUGAUUUACCGUCCACGAUUUACAAAACGAUCGAAGAAGUUGCCUCAAGAUUUGGACAUUCGAUGGAAGCUUGGCAAUUUUGGCAUUAUGAAAGAGGAUUUCGUUUUCAAUACACUGAUGAGAACCGUGUUUUAGAAGACUUCGAUGAUUUUGUGUGCGAUUAUGACGGCUCUAUUCAUUACACGAGGACAGCCGAACGUAUGAUGCUUUGUGAACGAUUUAAUUCGAAAAUUAAGUUUAUAGUCGCUUGUAUGUAUUUCUACGAAGACGAUAUCAGACGAAUUUGGCCGUCUGUAUCGGGAAACAUGUACGUAGAUUUUAUUGAAUUUGAUUGCCCGCAAUUAUAUUACUGGAUUUGUCGUCUCACGAAUGAAUUAGAUAAAAUACGAACCUGGGAGGGUAUAACUGUUGAUGAAUAUAUGUUUAGGGAGUGCAUACCUUAUAAUAGACCUUCCGUGGAGUAUUUUUGGGAUCGUAUACCUCUCGAAAGUCGAAUGCGAAAAGAUGCAAUUGGCUUCAUACCGGGUUAUGAUAUUGUUAGAUUCAUUUUACCAAAACUGAGUGAUGAGCAGCUCGAUGAAUUCGUCAACGUUACGUUCGGUGUUGACUUGUGUACCAUGUUUCUAGAUCUCCAUUGCGAUGAAUGGGUCGUCCUGAGAACUUGGUUCUACAUCAGAAACAUUAUAAAUAAAAGUAAUUUCACUAAUUUGAUCGUUCAUAUGCUUGAAAUUGAGGAUGACGCUGGAUAUAAGAUCGAUGAUCGGGAAAAGUGGGAGUAUUUGUGUUGUCAGAUAUGGAACCAUUCGCCUGCUACUUUGAAAUCAUCGGUGAUUAGAUUUAUCUCAUCCGACAAUAGCUGGUUGGAAGAUUUUAAUCAGAUGAACGUCGACUUGCUAUUGACUAUUCUGCAAGAUGCAUCUUCGGAAGAAAGAAACUCAUUCUUGCGUAACUGUUGGAGUGAGUUGACUAAACGAGUUCGAAGAAAAAAUUUGCAAGAAGUUGUUGAAUUAUGUUUUGAGAACGAGGAUGAGCUUAAUCAGUUCAAGCGAAACGUCAUGAUUAACAGCAGAGACAUGCUUCGAUACUGUGUGGCAUUGUUGCAAGAUUCGUGUUUCGAAGAAUUGAAUGCCUUUGCGAGUUUCUGUUGUGCCGAAUUACAAGCUGCGAGAAAUCUUAAACAACGAAUACUGCAGUCGGCCUUUCUCGAUGUAGAUUGCAAACUUAGCCUUGACAAUAUCGUUAGGGUCGGAGACCUCAAUGAAUUUGUCAAUGAUGCGUUCGACAACGUUGAUCUAUCCACCGACUUUAAAAAAGAGCUGAUUUCGUCUUCUUCAUUUAUGAAACAUUUAUGGCGCUUCGUCGUUCCCGAUCAAAGUGUUUCAUCUUUGAAAACGCUCGACAAAUUUAUUAAUACCAUGUUUUCUAUUACGGAAGAAAUCUUAAUGCAAGCCAAACAGAGUUUUAUUGAUUCGUAUUAAUAUGUAAGUAUGUCACGUAAUCACGACUGUUUAUUUAGCAACCCUAAGUUCAGCUCAAUUUUAUAAAUUCAGACAAUUUUUCCUAAUUUUUGUUUUGGAAAUGAACUUAUUCUAGGUAUCUAUUUUAAUGAAGCUUUGAAUUUUUUCCUGAAUAAUCUGUUAGGCUACUGCAGUUUUUGUGCUUUCCAAUAUUUUCAUAGAGAAUCAAUUUUGAACGAAUUUUUAAAAAUUAUUGUUGCUUUCAAUUGGUGGGUACCUACUUACGUUAGUACUUAUCUAGGUUUCAUUUAAGUAUUUAUGUAAGUUUUCGGUCAUAUUAUAUUUUCGAUUUUUUCUCAAGUAAGUAAUUGAUUUUUAUCACAUUUUCUCGCUCGCUGAAUUUGUGUUUUUAAAAGAAAAAUUAUAUUAGGUUAUCUUAAUUUCAUUUUUAUUUUAUAACUAGAAUGUAUUUUUCAUGUUUUGAUUUGUUAAGUAUUCUCAACUGUUUUGAUUAGGUUGUAAAUUCUUGUGUCUAAAAUAUCUGUAUUGGAUCACUAAUAUGCCUAUCAAAAUAAAAUUUGCGUAA